GUAGGCAACAACUCUCCGGUGUGUUCUAACCAAGACUCACACUCUUCUACUCUUCGACCUGGUAGACAGAACUCCCAAGUCACAAUGUCCUCGGCAAAGGAAUUGAACGACGUGUCUCUUGACUCUUGGGAAACCAAUGCAAGCUUCUGGGACGAUUCGAUUGGCAAAGAUGGCAACAUCUACUGGCAGAAGCUGCAGGAGCCAUCUCUCCGUCGGUUGCUAGGCGAUCAUCUCAAACGACAACACGGGCAAAAGCCCUGCCUUGCGCUUGACCUCGCAACAGGAAACGGACUUUGCGCUCGAUGGUUGGCCAAGCACGGGGCUAAAGUGUACGCAACUGACGGAAGCGAAAACAUGCUCCAAAUAGCCAGGAACUGGACGAGAGGAAAAGACUGGAGUGAGAAUGUUCGCUUCUGGAACUUGGAUGUCACACGGACAGAGGACUUCGACGUUUUGAUAGAUGCCUAUUUCGAGGACAAGUUCGACAUUGUCCUCAUGAACAUGGCCAUUAUGGAUGUUUCCACACUUGAACCACUAGUUCGAGCACUUCCAAGGCUCUUGAAGCCCAAUGGAGUCUUCGUCGCAACCGUUCUUCAUCCCGUUUUCAUGACUUCCGGGGCAUCUCGCAAUGUCGAUCUCCGGUACGACGGGGAGACCGGUGACCUCGAAGUCGUCAGAACCAAAGUCAUCAAGAACUACCUCCAUGUUCCACCUUACAAGGGGAUUGCCAUUCCUGGACAACCGAAGCGACAGCUAUACUUUCACCGUCCAAUGGAUGAACUCUUCACCACCUUCUUCCGGGCCGGUCUUGUCAUGGAUGCUAUGGAAGAGCCGGCAUUCUCGGAAGAGGACGAGGAGAAGAGCAGGGUCGAGUCGAGCCGGAACUACACGCAACUGCCGGCAAUUCUCAGCUUUCGGAUGCGGUUGCCGUACAAAUAGCCGCGAAUGAAUCGCGAUCUCGAUGAGUCUGCGACGUAUAUCGAUGGAUAUGCUGUUAUAGACUGUGGUUAGCCAGUGAUGGUAGCGGUUUGUAAUGGGAAACGCCACCCGUGGAGUUGAGGUGAGACAAUUGCUAUGAGGAUGUGGCCUAGAGCUUAUAAGCAAAAGAAACUAUUGACAUGUUGCUGGACAAUCACCUGAUUUCAGGCACCAUUACGACGUCAUGCAAUAUCCGGGAAUCGGAUUUAGAGGAAAAGUGUGUAUUGAUCGUC